AUGCCUACCAACCUACAUGACUGGGUCUACCAAAACUGUGUGAUCAGUUUGGAGAAUUAUUUAAACCGUCACAGCUCAACAGUUGAUAUAACAGAUGAAGAAGGAAAAUCCCCUCUCCACAUAGCAACCAGUUAUUCGCGAGUAACUAGCGCUACGCUUCUCCUUAAAGCCGGAGCCAACCCGAACGCCAGAAGGACCAACGGACUGACACCUCUUCAUGAGGCUGUGGAAAGAGGCUGUGCACAGAUUGUAGAGCUGUUUAUUAAUUGUGAAAACUGUAAUCCGAACAUCAAAGAUGGUAAUGGAGACACACCAUUAAUCCGAGCUGCGUACUAUGACUAUUCUGAUAUAGUUAAAAUGUUAAUUGAUGCCGGAGCUGAUGCUGAAAUACGAAAUAACUGUGGCCAGACAGCACUUCUUGUUAGUCUUUGGGAAGGCAGUAUUAAUACAGCGGAGUUCCUUAUCGAAAGUAACUGCGACUUGGAAGUCAUUGACCUAAACGGUCAUAGUGCUCUGUAUGCUGCCAUUCAUAGUGAAUUAUUACCAGAUAAGGACAUUGCCAAGCGUUUGGUUAAAGCUGGUUAUGAUGUCCAACGGGAUAUGUGGUGGCUGAACCGAAGCCGUUUUAGAUUCAGGUUACCAUUAUCUACCGACUUGGAAAACAAAAAUACAAAAGAAACUAAACCUCCUAGUCAUCUGAAAGCUGCAACAGUGAGCAACCGUCCUACAAAAAAAGUAACCCAGGGGAAACGUCCUUCGAGCGUAGGAAAACUAGGAAAACCUCCUUCGAUGAAUGUAAAACUUGAAAAAGGUCCUUCAAAUAGUUUGAAACAAGAAAAAUGUUCUUCGUGUAAAACAACGUCCGAAAGUUCUUCAGCAUCAAGAAUGAUUAAGCAUCGUGUUUCAAGCAGCACAUCAGUAACUGAAAACCUUCCUCCUGAAACAUUAAACUUUGAAAAACGAACGCCAAAAGCAAUAACGUUUGGAAAUUGUACGCAAAAGAGUUCAAUCUUUGCAAAGCAUAAGGAAAAGUUAUUUGGAAAUCGUCACCGGAAAAGUGUAGCUCUGGAAAACUGUGUUCCAAGAACUGUAACUCUUGAUAAGACCCCAGAACAUUCUCGUAAAAGAGUAACGUUUGCAGAGCGCCCUCCGACGAGGAUAACAUUCUCUGAUAUAUCAAACAAUCAUAGAAAACAAUUCAGUUUUAGCAGCUUGUUUUCGAAAUUGAAGCGACAUGGUGUAAAAUAG